AUGGGGGACCCCUCCGAGAAUCAGGAGAAACCCGAGCGCAUCCUGCACCGGGAUCUUUAUGAAUAUGCCCAACGAUCUCGGACCGAUGGGCCCUAUGCGGACAACCUCGAUGUCGAUGUGAUAAUCGUUGGGGCUGGGUUUGGUGGUACAUAUUUGCUCUAUGAAAUGCGCAAAGCUGGCUUCAAGACUGUUCUCUACGAAGCCGGGAACAGCUUCGGCGGCACGUGGCGGUGGAAUGUAUACCCUGGCGCCAGGGUCGAUUCUGAAGUGCCCAUCUACCAGCUGGCGAUCCCCGAAGUUUACAAAACCUGGACAUGGACGACGAACUAUCCAGACUACCAUGAACUCCAAGCCUACUUUGACCACGUGGAUAAGGUGUGCAACCUGAGCAAAGACUGUGCUUUUGGCACUGUUGUCACAGGUGCAGAGUUUGAUACGAAUUCUGGUAAAUGGACACUCAAAACGGCGGACGGCCGCAUGGCCAAGUGUAAGUUCCUCAUUAUUGCUGCCGGCUUCGCUGCCAAAAGGUAUAUACCAGAGUAUCCAGGUAUGGAAAAGUUCAAGGGCAUCAUGCAUCAUUCGUCCUUCUGGCCGACUGAGGGAGUCGAUGCGCGUGGUAAGAAAGUGGCAGUUAUUGGCACCGGCGCCUCUGGUGUGCAGAUCAUACAAGAAUGGGGGCCGCAAGUCGAAAAUUUGACGGUCUUCCAACGUACUCCGAAUCUGGCUCUACCUAUGGGUAAACGUGACUUGAGCAAAGAAGAACAAGAGGCGCUCUACCCGGCCUACGAGGAGCUCCUACGCCUGCGCGAGAAGAAUUUCGCGGGGUUCACAUACGAUUUUGAGGAGCGCAAUACUUUGGAGGAUUCGCCGGAGGAAAGGGAGGCGCUUUACGAGAGGCUCUGGACUAAAGCCGGCUUUGGGCUUUGGCUCGGGGCACACAAAGACUACCUUUUCGACUUGGCAGCGAACCGAUACGUCUACGACUUCUGGCGCAAGAAGCAGAUGACCCGGAUCAAGAACCCUGAAAAACGGGAGAUCCUAUGCCCUGCGGAGCCACCACACCCCUUUGGCGUGAAGCGUCCCUGUCUGGAGCAGAACUUCUACGAGGUCCUCGAUCGGGACAACGUGACCAUCGUGGACAUCGGCCCAAAGUCUGGAAAUGCCAUCGCCGAAUUUACGGAAACGGGUAUCAGGACGACUGACGGUAGGCAUCACGACCUGGACAUCAUCGCCCUGGCGACAGGCUUCGACAUCACCACUGGCGGCAUGACUAACAUGGGGCUCAAAUCGAUCAACGGAACGACGUUACAGGAUGAGUGGAAAGCAGCUGCGUACACGUAUCUCGGAACCACCAUCUCGGGCUACCCCAACAUGUUCCACUUGUACGGUCCACACGGGCCGACGCUGCUGUCCAAUGGCCCAUCCAGCGUGGAGGUCCAAGGCCGUUGGAUUCGCGACGCCAUCAAACUUGUGGACCGGAAAGGUCUCAAGUACAUCAACGCUACCAAAGAGGCAAGCGAAAAGUGGAAGCAACAUAUCAACGAGCUCAGCGACAUCACUUUGCUGCCUACCACGAGGUCGACGUAUAUGGGUGGCAGUGUUCCAGGCAAAGCGUUUGAGCAGGUUAACUAUGCCGGCGGAAUCCCUGCCUAUGUCAAGGAGAUUCGUGCUGUGCUGCCACACUUCACCGGAUUCGAGACUGUGGCAGCUUAG